CGCCUCCCUUUCCUUUCUCCUCCCUCACUACUCACACCCCUCACUUUUGGCGGCGCCGACUGGGCACCCGCGUCGACCUUCGCCAGGUCUUCGUCGGCCCUUUGGCUGGAAACAAGCAUCCACCAGGAACAACGCAAGGGAUGCUCGAUUGGCUCUAGUUACUUAGCAGAACCAAAAGAGGAAGGCCAUCAAAGAUACGAGGGCUUUUUCUCGCCAUGUCUCGGUCGCCACACCUCCCACCCCGCUGCCCACCCCUGGGUCCUCAGAUCACUCGAAGGGAUGACAGCAUGUUCACGCAGAGCUGCAGGUUUCCAUCUGGGGAUACGUUCUUUAGUGAGCCACCGUGCUGGCUCGAUGAUCUCCUUGCAGAUUCCGGGAAAGCUCCCAAGCUUCCUCCUCUCAGAAGGGCCUGUAGCGAUUCUGAUGCCAUCUUGGAUGCUCUGUCAACAUUUGAAAGCCCAAUUUGUCGAAUUGAGGAAGGCAAUCAAAUCUCUGGUGGUGAAGCUGAUGACUUGUUGGAUGCUGGCGAAGGUGGUGAAAGCGGUUCUGUGGUCGAGGCUAGCUGUGUUUAUGGUCCGAAUUCACCAAGACAGAAGAGUAGGCUGACAACUUCAGAGAGUUCCAUGGUAAAUGCUGUGCUUGAGAAUGUACCCAGCAACCCCUUGCAGUACUUGAGCAUCGAUGCCUCCAGCGGUAUGAAUGGUAAUGUGGCCAAUGGAACUGCUGAUACCUGUGAUGCUUUUGGCCACCCUGAUCAAGACAAGUCAUUUAAAAGGCGUUCAGGCCAAAGAUCUAGGGUCCGGAAACUUCAAUACAUUGCUGAACUUGAAAGAACUGUUGACUCACUUCAGAACAUUGGUGCUGAUUUGGCUGUCAGAGUGUCAUCACUUUUCCAGCUUCAUAAUGCUCUAUCUAUGGAAAACAAGCAGCUGAGGAUACAGAUUUCUAGUCUUCAGCGUGCAAAACUGAUUAAGGAUGGUCAGACGCAGGCCCUAAAGAACGAAGCCGAAAGGUUGAAGCGGAUGUCCGCCCGCCGGAGCAGAAGCGCCACGGCCUCCUGUUACGACCCGGGCUCGUUCUCGUUCGGAGCAGAUGCUUCGUCAGUCAGCUGGCAGAUGCCUGACAUGGCAAGGCUCAGCCUGAACGGCGGCUCCCCAAGAGGCAGCUAUGGCCUGUGACAGCGGCCGGCCCUAACCCCCACCCCCACCGUCAGAAGAAAGGCCGAGGCGUUACCCUAGAUAACUUUUCGCUAACCUUACCCAGGCACAGAUUUUGAGGGGCCCAUCUUUGAGUAGGAGAGAGUAGGGUGUUUCGGUCUUUCGCUUUCGCGGGAAUUUUACCGAGGUUGUCAGCUUAUUAGUAGUUACAAGUAGAGUGGUGAAGUGGAGGGUGUGUUUGGUUUGGCUUUUGGCUUUGGCUUUUGCCUCCUAAAAGCCAAAAGCCAAACCAAAGUACUGGAUCCAGAAAGCAGCUUUUUCUAAAAGCUGACUUUUUCGCAGUGCAAAACUAAAAGCACCUCUGGACCUGCUUUUAGUGGCUUUCAGAUGAAACUGUGAAAACAUAUAUCGAAGAACUUUUAACGGCUUUU